AUGGAUUAUAGAGACGAAGAAGCACUUGUACGGACGUCUUUCGAAAACGCCAGGAACAAUGGAAACCUUUCACCUCGCGGCAACAGGUCAAGGUCAUCAACACCGCCGUGGGAUCAAGACAACACCCUCACAAUGCCUCCAAAGACCAUUAUACUCGGGGUCUGGCCACAUGCACGCAGUGAUCACAUCGAAUACUAUGUUCGAGGCUAUGAGUCGUUGUACCCCACUGCGAAGUUACUACUCUUGCAACACUCACGGACCUCAACGAAGCAUAUCGAAACCGUGGUGUCGACCUUGAUCUGCGACGAAGAGAAGCAGCGUCUUCCAUUUCAGCAACCAAGUGUCCUUGUGCACUUAUUCGGAGACGAUGCAGCUGCCCAAGUAUGCCGUCUACUACGAUCAUAUCGCAUGCGAACAGCUCAAACCCUGGAUGUCAAAUCUAUCAUCCUGGACUCGACGCCUGUCAUUGUCGCGCCUGACCAUCAAAUUCUCCGGCGAUCACCUGUACAACUUUUGGUGUUUAUUUGGAUCCUCAUCACAUCGGUCUUCUGGGGAGUUAAUUCAACCAUGAGUCUCCUGUUCUCAGGUUCGAACGGCACGGAUGUCAGAGGGGAUCUUCACGACCCCGAUCUACUGCCAGCUACUGCCAAGAAAUGCUACAUUUUCCCAGAGAACGACCUGAUGUUUGCAUGGGACAGUCCUUCUAUCGAUGACCCACAAUGUCACCGACACGACUUCCGGAUCCGAAGGAACAGCAUUGAUCACAAGCAACACUGGACUAGCAACCAAGAACGAUAUUGGCUUGGUGUCGAAAACGCCUGGGAUGGGCGGUGA